AUGGUGGCAAUCUCAGCACGCCGGAGCGAAGACACCAGCCUCUCGACGCCCAAGAAGCUGUCGCGACAUCUACUUCAUCUCGUCGGUCGUGCGCAGAUGAGUCCGAGAGAAGCAGUCCGAGAACCGCCCCGCUCACUCUGGCGUCAAGCACUGAUCUGGCCUUCAAGUCCUGCGUUAUUCAAGAAAAACGCCCGUAUUGCAGCUCUAGAGAGGAGUCAUCGAGGUAGUAGUAACCAGAAUGAGCCAUGUAACGAGAUUCAAGUCCCAGUAGACGCUGCAGCUUGCGAGGUGGAGCAACAUAACGACCAGCCACAGGAUGAUGAUAAUUGUGUUCAACGAGCAGGUAACAGCCCCGCCCUCUACAAAACGCCCACGGGUGCAGACACCAACCUCCUUGACCUCAGCAGCUCAGUCAAGAAACUCGCACUUUCCGUUCUCAAACCGACAAAAGUCGGUGCUAUUCACACGACAUCGGUAUCGCCAUUGAAAGUGCUGCAGAGCUCACUACCUGAGCCCCCAGUGAACAUCGUCAAGCGCUCGUCGCUCUACCAGGAACUUCGCGAGUUCUAUGUCAAUGGUGACGCCCAGAUCACCAUGUUCCCCGAUUACCUCAGCAAUGAGGAGAAGCUCAUGGUUCAGGCAGUAGCUCAGGAUUUGCAAUUGGGCUGCCAAGUUGGCGAGAUGAGCGUGGCAGUGUACAAGCUCUUAGGGGGGCAUUCACAGCACAACAAAUCGCUGCGUUCGACCCCACCUCCUUCUGCAAGAGGAGUCAACAAUAAUGUGGCCGAUGACGUGUAUGUCGAUGUUCAUGAGCUGGCUCAGCAGGGCAAAGAUGGCUUCAUCGCAAAGCUGAGACUACGUCGUCUGAGCUCUGGUAGUGGUCUACGCCGCAAAAUGCUGUGGGACGUAGCGCAGUUAAGCUCUACGGCCGAUGGUGUGGCCGACCCCGUGGGUGAAGGUGAAGGUGGUGUGUACGCAGUGCAGUCUCGAUCCAGCGGACAGAAGCUAGCGCUCUUCAAACCUGCCGAGGAAGAGAAGUUCGUGCGUGAAGGACUGUUUGCUGGAGAAGGAGCUGUUCGUGAGGAGGCGGCGUACGUGCUUGAUUCACGCAGCAAUGGCUUCAGUGGUGUUCCUCCUACAGCUGUUGCACAACUACGGCUCACGAGUAUGGGGCGUGCUAAGCAAGGAGCUGUCCAGCGCUUUAUGUCGAGUACUAUUGGAAGCAUGGAGAGUUUCGGAAUGCCCUUUGACCUCGACAAGGCGCGCGAGUUUGUUCCUGUGGAACAAAUUCACCGCAUUGCAUUGUUGGACGUGCGCGUGUUCAAUACGGAUCGACAUCCAGGCAACAUCUUGCUAAUCGGCGAGAAGAAGCCGUACACCAUGGUGCCUAUCGAUCACGGUUGCAUUCUUCCAAGCUGGUUCCACUUGUCUGAAGCACGCUUCGACUGGAUCGAGUACCCGCAGACCCGUGAGCCCUUCUCGCCUGCUGCUAUGCAGUACAUCGAGGCAUUGGAUGCUGAGCGAGAUGCAAAGAUCUUGCGAUCGCUUGGUAUUCGUGAGGAAUGCGUGACUACACUCAAGAUUUGCACACUCUUUUUGAAGCUGGCAGCUUCUCAAGGCAAGACGCUGUUCUGGAUGGGGAACUUUAUGACACGGGACGGGUGCUUCCAGGAGCCAUCACGUCUGGAACUUGCCAUCCAAAGCGCAUGUGAGCGCUCCGGUAUCCCAUACACGUUCAAGCCCAACCAGUUCGACGAGCAGCGCGGCGAGAUCGAAAUCGGCGUGCUAAGUCGCCGCCCACCCAACGAGUUUUUCCUCGCGCUCGAGCGUUUGCUGUUCGAGGCGAUUUCUAGGGACGAGUAG